AUGUCUCAAAGAUGGAUGAAAGAUCACACAAGGAUCACACAAGAAUUAGCGGCCGUGAACCUCUUCCCUUCUUCGCCGUACACGCAGCGCCGUCGUUCUCGUUCUUCCGUGGGCAUACAGCGCGUAACUGUCUCCAUCGUUAUCUCAUCAUCCGUCCGUUCUUCAUUUCCUUCUCAAAACAACGGUGCGACUUCUCUCCACGGCAGCUCUUCUUCUUUGCUACAACUCAAAUCAAACUUCUUCGUCUCCGCUUCAACCUUCCCGGCGCAAUUCUGCUUCAGCGCACCAGAUUCCGCCAUUCGCGAACCGUCUUCGGUCGCGGCUUCCACGUGCCUCCGUUCGUCCGCUCAGCCUUCGACUCAUCUCCUUUGCGUUUCAGAUGAAUGUAGGUUUGUUGAUGGUUUGUGCGUUGAAGAUGAUGCAAAUUCGGUUCUCAAGUUUCAGAGAGAAAGAAUUUUUAGUUGA